UCUCUCUCUCUCUCUCUCUCUCUCUCUCCCUCGCUCUCUCGCUCGCUGUCCCCUCUUCCUUUACCUUUACCCCUCGCAUUUGGCCGUCUCCCCCAGCACAAUCAUGGAUCUCGUGGCGAGAUGUUUGUUUCUCCUUCCCUGCCUCGCCGUGAUACUGGCACUCGAUUUGGAGGCGAUCGACCCCAGCUACUUCGUGGAGCCCGCUGCCACAUCAGAUGUGAUCGACUACAAGGAUCCCUGCAAAGCUGCUGCCUUUCUGGGAGACAUCGCUCUGGAUGAGGAGGACCUGCGAUCAUUUAAAGUGGAUAGAAUCAUAGAUUUGGCCUCCAGAACUGUUCGGAGCGUUAAUCGCACAAGCACAGCAUCAACCAAUCAGAAUAGCCAAACCCGACAAGGCUCUCGCCGCAGGAAACGGGCCGCCACGUCCAGACCUGAGCGCGUUUGGCCCGAAGGUGUUAUUCCGUAUGUCAUCAGCGGUAAUUUCAGUGGCAGUCAGCGGGCUAUAUUCCGCCAAGCCAUGCGGCACUGGGAGAAACACACCUGCGUGACCUUUAUUGAGAGGACGCAGGAGGAGAGCUACAUUGUCUUCACCUACCGACCAUGUGGGUGCUGCUCCUACGUGGGCCGCCGCGGAGGAGGCCCGCAGGCCAUUUCCAUUGGGAAGAACUGCGACAAGUUUGGCAUCGUGGUGCACGAGCUGGGACACGUGAUCGGGUUCUGGCACGAACACACGCGGCCCGAUCGAGACGAACACGUCAGCAUUAUCAGAGACAACAUUCAGCCAGGACAGGAGUACAACUUUUUGAAAAUGGAGCCCGGGGAGGUGGAUUCCUUAGGAGAAGUCUACGAUUUCGACAGUAUCAUGCACUAUGCCCGGAAUACGUUCUCCAGGGGCAUCUUCCUGGACACCAUCCUGCCGCGCUAUGAUGUGAACGGUGUGCGACCACCCAUUGGCCAGAGAACCAGACUUAGCAAAGGGGAUAUCGCACAGGCACGCAAACUCUACAAAUGCUCCAGAUGUGGCGACAGUCUCCAGGAUAGCAGCGGCAAUUUUUCCUCUCCGGGUUUCCCCAACGGCUACUCGGCCUACAUGCACUGCAUCUGGAGAAUAUCCGUCACGCCCGGAGAAAAGAUCAUUCUGAACUUCACCUCCAUGGAUCUAUACAGGAGCCACCUGUGCUGGUAUGACCAUGUGGAAAUCCGCGAUGGCUAUUGGAGGAAGGCGCCGCUCCAUGGGCGUUUUUGCGGCGACAAACUCCCCGAGCCAAUCAUCUCCACCGACAGCCGGCUCUGGAUCGAGUUCCGCAGCAGCAGCAACUGGGUGGGAAAAGGUUUCUCCGCCGUUUAUGAGGCCAUCUGUGGUGGGGAGGUGAAGAAGGACAGCGGCCAGAUCCAGUCCCCCAACUACCCCGACGACUACCGGCCGAACAAGGCGUGCGUGUGGAAGGUUACCGUAGCUCAGGGCUACCACGUCGGCCUCACCUUCCAGUCCUUUGAAAUCGAGAGACAUGACAGUUGCGCGUACGACUACCUGGAGGUGCGUGACGGGAACUCGGAGAACAGCCCCCUGCUGGGCCGCUUCUGCGGCUAUGACAAACCGGAUGACAUCAAAACCAGCUCCAACCAGCUGUGGAUGAAAUUUGUUUCAGAUGGCUCCGUCAACAAGGCCGGAUUUGCAGCCAACUUUUUCAAAGAGAUGGAUGAGUGCUCCAAGCCGGACAACGGUCGCUGUGAGCAACGCUGUGUCAACACGCUGGGCAGCUACAAGUGUGCCUGUGACCCGGGCUACGAGCUGGCCGCUGACAAGCGCAGCUGUGAGGCUGCCUGCGGAGGCUUCAUCACGAAGCUGAACGGCUCCAUCACCAGCCCCGGGUGGCCCAGGGAAUACCCCCCCAACAAGAACUGCAUCUGGCAGCUGGUCGCCCCAACGCAAUACCGCAUCACUCUGCUCUUUGACGUCUUCGAGACUGAGGGCAAUGACGUGAGCACUGGGGUUCUUAUGUAUCGGCGCUGGGUGGGUUUGUUCUGUUUUCCUUUUUUGGUCACCACCGCCACGCGUCUCGCUGUGAAAGCCAUGUAUCACGUCAAUGACCUCGCCGCCGAAAACGCCGCCGCCACUUCAUCCGGCUUAGUGGUCGCAAAGGGAUUUAAAGCGCAGUUCUUCUCCGACAAAGACGAGUGCUCCAAGGAGAACGGCGGCUGUCAGCACGAAUGCGUCAACACCUUCGGAAGCUACAGCUGCCAGUGCAGGAGCGGCUUUGUGCUGCACGAGAACAAGCACGACUGCAAAGAGGCCGGCUGCGAUCACACAGUGACCAGUGUGAGCGGUACCAUCACCAGUCCCAACUGGCCAGAUAAAUAUCCCAGCAAGAAGGCAUGCACCUGGGCGCUCACCACCACGCCCGGCCACCGCAUCAAAAUAGCUUUCAACGAGAUCGACAUGGAGGCUCAUCUGGAGUGCGCCUACGACCACAUCGAAAUCUACGACGGCAAAGACGGCAAAGCCCAAACUCUCGGUCGCUUCUGCGGCACAAAGAAGCCGCAGCCCAUCACGUCCAGCGGCAAUAAACUCUUCAUCCGCUUUUUCUCCGACAACUCUGUGCAGAAGAAAGGCUUUGAGGCGUCCCACAGCGCAGAGUGCGGCGGUCGCCUGAAGGCCGAGGUCAAGACCAAGGACCUGUUCUCCCACGCCCAGUUCGGGGACAACAACUACCCCGGAGCCUCCGACUGCCAGUGGGUCAUCUCGGCCGAGAAAGGUUACGGCGUGGAGCUCAUCUUCCAGACCUUCGAGAUCGAGGAGGAGGCAGACUGCGGCUACGACUACAUGGAGCUCUUUGACGGGGCUGACACCAAGUCUCCGCGGCUGGGACGCUACUGUGGCUCGGGGCCUCCCGAGGAGAUCUACUCAGCCGGCGACUCCAUCGUGAUCAAGUUCCGCUCGGAUGACACCAUCAACAAGAAAGGAUUCCACUUGCGCUACACCAGCACCAAGUUCCAGGACACGUUGCACUCGCGCAAGUGACGAGUGGGGGCCGCAAGGGGCCGCGCGGGGCAGAGGGCCACCCGGAGGGGCCCCAAAGGGAGGCUCCCGCCAACCGCUCGGAAACCUUCGGCCACCAACGCCAAUCAGACGCCGCAGAACAGCCGCAAGUCCGCCACCAAGCGCACCUCAGCUCCCAGGGGCUCCAGCUCCCCCCGCAGACUGUGAGGAGUAAAGCCAUUCUCCAAUACACCUUUUGACCUUUUUACGCUUAGGAUUGGGCUUUGGCGGACAGCGGCGCUGGAAGGGGGGAGUUUAUUGACCUGACCUCCCCCCUCCCAUUCUGGUUCACUCUGAUUUUUUUUUUUUUUUUUUAGUUUUUUUUUUUUUUUUCUUUUGAAAGGUGCCUCCCAACAUACGGCACAACACAAGGAAACCAGUGGAUUCUCAGGACCUGUAGGAAAAGGCAGGCAUCAGCAGGAUCGACCCCUGCUCUUGUCAACGCCGCACCAGAUCAGCAUCAUCAUUCUCAUCACGAAGGACUUGAGCGGAGAUGUGGGCCAUGUCGUGGGAGAGGAAGAAAGUGUACACGGGGGACAACAGCGGCUUGAUGUGUAACGGGCGGGCGCCGCGACGGCCACAUUCUCACUGUUAGCAUUAACCAAGGAACAUAAGGAAGCAGUUUUCUUAUUAAAGGACUAAUCAAUGAAAUGUG